CAAAAUGGCUGCGCCCUUGACAAGGCAUGUGCCGGUUUGUGUACCAAUGUUGCAACAGAUUGGAUUGUUAUCCAGAUUGUCAACAAGCACAAACCCAGAUAAUAACAACAAGAAGGUACAUCCAUCAUAUAGCUUCCAAGUUUGCACAUUGUCCCCGAAGAGUAUUUUCUGGAAUACAGCCAACUGGCAUCCCUCACAUAGGCAACUACGUUGGCGCCAUUAAGAACUGGGUUCAGCUGCAGAAGAAGUAUGAUGAUGUCAUCUUCAGCAUCGUAGACCUCCAUUCAAUAACAGUACCUCAGGAUCCAGCUGGCCUCAGGGAGAAUGUCCUGGACAUGACAGCCUGCCUGCUUGCAUGUGGUAUAGACCCAGGGAAAAGCAUCCUCUUUCAGCAAUCUGCAGUGUCCCAGCAUGCAGAGCUGAACUGGAUAUUGAGCAGCCUGUGUACUCUACCUCGACUCAAUCAUCUGCCCCAGUGGAGGGAGAAAUCUGAAAGGCUGAAGGACCCCAGUGUUGGUCUGUUCACCUACCCUAUCCUCCAGACAGCUGACAUCAUCCUGUACAAGGCGACGGACGUGCCCGUAGGAGAUGACCAGAUACAUCACAUCGAGCUGGCCAGAGAUCUCGCCAAGGCUUUCAAUAGAACAUUCCAGGUCAUAUUUCCUAGACCUGAAGUUCUUUCAAGUGAUGCACCAAGGAUCAAAAGUUUGAGAAAUCCAGAAAACAAAAUGAGUAAAUCAGAACCAAAUGCAAAAGGUCGCAUCGACCUGACAGACAGUCCCGAUGAGAUCCGAGAGAAGAUAAAGAAGGCAGUCACUGACUUUACAGCAGUGUUGUCCUAUGAGCCCGAGGAAAGGCCAGGUGUGUCUAAUCUGAUUGACGUCCACUCCUCGCUCACUGGCCUGGUGCAGGAGGAGAUAUGCGAGGAGAACAUGUUGUUGAGUAAAAGUGACUAUAAAGCCAAGUUGGCUGACAUUGUCAUUGAACAGUUGGCUCCAAUUAGAGAGAAUGUGCUGAAACUAAAGGGAGAUAAGUCUCACCUGGAACAAGUGUUGAAAAGUGGGAAUGAGAGAGCCAGGGAAAUAGCGGAAGAAACUAUGAAGGAAGUGAAGAAGGCUGUAGGGUUGUCAUGACAACAGCUAGCUCAGCUGUAAUUACGGAACACUAACAAAGGACCAGUCUUAGUCAUAUUUGAGUGUUGUUCAAGAAAAUACGCAAUUGUAUUGUAUACAUCAUUCUAUCAUGAAUUUGGAAAUUACACAGUUUGUAUUAGUCAUUCAGGGGUUAUCAAAUCACAAUAAACCCCCUCUGAUUGAAACAGCCAAUUUAUUGACCGCAUCACCAUGGAAACUGAUAUUUAAUGAACAGAACUUCUGUUUCAAUCAUAACCAGUAGGCAUUUCAAAAUAAUUAUGUGUAUAGUUAUAGAUUACUAAAUGCAAAGUUGCAGUUACUUCAAUAUUCAAAGUGUGCAUGGCAAUAGUUGAAGAACAUGUUGUAUAUGCCUAUGUCAGUUUGAGUGGAUGCUUUUAUGAAACUGGAAGAAUGGACAAAAACUACUGAAAACCAUAACAAAAAUGGAACAUCGAGGUGAUGGUAUCAGCUACCCAAAACACACCGCUGAAUGCAAUCAGUGGUUGCACAUGCAAUACAUUACAAGUAACAAUCAGUGUGUUAUAUUAUAAAAUAGUUAAUUUCAGAUGCAACUUAAUUGCACUCUUGAAAAUUGAAAAUGCGAUUUUUUUAGAAAUAUUUCUGUGUGACCCCUAAAUAAUGACACAGUGUAACUGAAUUUUACCUUCGUGCUGUUUCUCUUGAUCAUUUUCAGUCUGGAAUUAAUGUAUUCUACAAAGUUGAUAUGUUGCCAUUGAGUGAUUUUGGGAACUUUAUUUUUUGCUUGGUUGAUCUGGAUUUUGUAGAAGAACAUUAAGCUGUAUAAUCAUGAUAAUAACCCAAAACUGUGACUGCCAUAUUUGACUCUGAGCUUAGGUUUCUCAACUUUUGAUAGGAUAUUCUAUCUGAGUGUCUAGCCUGGGGACAUGGAUUGAGAUAAAUAUGUUUUUUAUAUUGCCUUGGAGCUCAGACAACUUGAGUUUAAGAGAUUCAAAUAAAAAUAAACACAAAUAUUAAA